CCCUCGCUCUUACACUAUUUUUCAGCCCUUUAUCAACUAACCCGGAUACGCCUCGUUUCUGAUUCCGGUUAACCCGAUUUGAACAUCCAUCCUGAAUCGUGGUUUUCGAUUAACGCUGGCUAGAUUUUGAUGCAGUGACAGUGUGGUGGCUUAGAUAUGGAGACAGAGAAUCCGGUGAAUUACAAGUAUAUGGGGAGGAGCUUUAAUGAUUUGAGUAUCAACGACGAUUCUACAGCUUUCAGUGAUUGUAACAGCGAUAGAUCGGGGGAGUUCCCAUCGGCAUCGUCUCAGAACCGGCGAUUACUACUCGCCUGUGCUAAUUCCGAGAAUUCGGAUGAUUUGAUACGGCAGCUCGUAUCGGAUCUCGAUUCCUGUUCGAUUGACGAGCAAAAGCAAGCGGCUUUGGAGCUUAGGCUUCUGGCGAAGAACAAGCCGGAGAAUCGAAUCAAGAUCGCUAAAGCUGGCGCGAUUAGGCCUCUGAUUUCGUUAAUUUCAUCCUCUGAUCCCUAUCUUCAAGAAAACGGCGUGACGGCGAUUUUGAAUCUCUCUUUAUGCGAUGAGAACAAAGAACUUAUAGCCUCCUCCGGAGCGAUUAAGCCACUGGUUAGAGCUUUGAGAACAGGAACUUCAACGGCUAAAGAAAACGCAGCUUGUGCUUUGCUUCGGCUAUCGCAGGUAGAAGAAAACAAGGUAGCGAUCGGACGGUCAGGAGCUAUUCCACUGUUAGUUAAUCUUCUCGAAAACGGUGGAUUUCGCGGGAAAAAGGACGCAUCAACGGCGCUUUAUUCUCUAUGCACGGUUAAAGAGAACAAAAUCAGAGCCGUUGAAGCGGGGAUCAUGAGACCACUAGUGGAAUUAAUGGCCGACUUCGGGUCAAACAUGGUUGACAAGUCGGCUUUCGUUAUGAGCGUGUUGGUACCCGUACCGGAAGCUAAAACGGCAUUAGUCGAAGAAGGAGGGAUUCCCGUUUUAGUGGAAAUCAUCGAAGUCGGAUCGCAAAGGCAAAAGGAAAUCGCCGUAGCAAUCUUAUUACAGAUUUGCGAAGAUAGUGUGCUGUUCCGUACUAUGGUGGCCCGCGAAGGAGCCAUUCCUCCCUUAGUCGCUUUGUCUCAGUCCGGCACCAAUCGCGCCAAGCAAAAGGCGGAGACAUUGAUAGAGCUUCUACGGCAACCAAGAUCCGGCAACGCCGCUGCCAGGCACUCAGAUGUGUCAGUAUAAAACUGUCCCUACCACCGCACAUGGAGAUUGUAAUAAAAAAAUCCAAAAGAGAAACAAUGAAAUUAGAUUUUAGACGGGAAAAGAAAAAUGAAAGGAAAAUAUUGAAAAUGUAAAUAUCUUUGAAGUACUAUCGAUAUAUUGUGAUAACGUGAUGUGAGACUUUGAUAUGCUUUGUUGAUCGGGUUUUGGUUUGCCUUUUGGCUUUAUUUCAUAAAGAAAAAAGAAUAGUAUAUAUAAAUUGUUGACAGUUCAACUGC